UUCGUGCGCGACACACGCGUCGCGUCGUUUGUCGUAUCGUGCGCUUCCGAUUUAUUUUGUGCGUGUUUAACUCUGUGACAUGUGCUUUGGAAUUGAUUGAGUGACCGCCCUGGAGGGCUGAUUAGUGCUUAUUGUUAUCGGAAUAUUUUUAUUUGGUAAAGGCAUGUUGAAACACGUAGCGGUGUCCCCGCACCGCGCCCGCGCCGACUCCGUCAGCCUGUCGUCCUCCGCGUCCUGCUGCAGCCUUGGCAGCCUGGAGCACAGACACGAUUCUGUUGGUGACCUGUCUAAUAGAACGACCACAAUAAAAGUGUACGCCCGCUGCCUGCGACCGGACAUAGAGUACAAGACCCUCUCAGUGACCUGGGGCACCAGAGCCAAGGAGGUGGUGGCCACCCUCCUGGGCAAGUUUCGCAUGAGGCACCGGGACCCUCGGCUGUUCUACCUGAGCAUGGAAGUGAGGGUCAGAGCAGCUGGUCUGCGGACCACGCUCGUGUUGGAUGAUGAUGCGAGACCCGCUGCGCUCCAGGCCUGCCAUCCUAAGGGUUACUCGAAAUUUUCUCUGCAAAUGCGGCCAGGUGGUCUCGUGAAGAUCUACGACUCAGCACUAAUGUCGUCAUCUCAAUACAAGUGUUUGUUGACGAGUGAGAGGACGACAGCUGAUGAACUGCUGGCGAUACUGCUGCACUGUUACGACUCUAAUGAGGGUGUUGAGCGGUUCUCUUUGUAUGAGGUGUGUCCCUCCCAAGAGUACGAGCGCAAGCUGCACCCGGACGACCUCCCCCUCCUCGUGCAGCGCGCGUGGCCGUCGGACAGCGACUGCCACUUCCGCGUGCGCCGCAACCCGCGCGCGCCCCCCCUCCCCCCGCGCACACUGCCCCUCGCCCCCCUCACUCCCCUCACCCCGCACACGCCCCACACCCCGCUCCCCUCCCCCGAUGACACCCAAGACGACGAAGCUUCCAGAGCGCUGUCCGCUCUCUCCCUAGAGUCAGACGACAACAGACGAUACAGCCCAGUAUACAAGUUCCCCAGUAUAAGCUACUGUAGAGAAACAAAAAACGACUACUUGUACAUCUGACUAGCGAUGAAACUAGUCCGAUAUAAUUUUGGAAAGAAAGCGCUCAAAAAGCGCCGAAUGUAAAAAUGUAAAGUGUAAAUAUUGGAACGUUUUGUACCAAAGAUCGAGAGGAUUGUAAAUAUUUAGGCUAAGGUGUGGACGGAUAGAACUAGUAUUAUAACAUUCAUAUGAAUCACCCAGGUGUUGUGAAGCUAUGAGCUAUAUGUACCUAAAUAAUUUCAAGAGAACUUCUGUAUAACUAUAAGUAUGUCAAAAUUGUCCAUUAAUGCAAUUAGAAUUUUUGUUCUAAGCUUAUUUAAUAUAAUAGGUGAAAUAUUCACAAGUUCUUUAGAGACUAGGAUAAGUUUUACUACCAUUGUAUUUACUGUUAUACUUAAAGGGGUUUGGGUAAAGUUGUCGUCGUGAUGAACUUUCGCGACAAGUGAUGACACUUGGAUAUUUUAAAAGAGCAAUAUAUUGUUAGCAAAAGUUAUUAUGGACACAAAUCUCGAAACGUAUUAGGAACAGAGAUAUUUGGUUUUGUAUUAUUCAUCUAGAAUCUAGAUGAUUUAUUAUAAGAUUUUUCUGACAAGUUUCAUCACUCGCCGCGAAAUGUCAUCACGACGCCACUAGCCCCACUAGCCCAUACAAAAGUACCCAAACCCCUUUAAAAAGCGACUUUACCUUCAUCGGAAAAUAAAUAAGAAUUGACAUUGUAUCCGAAAGAUUGUAACUUAAAAUGUGUUUUCUUUUAAAAUCUGUUCACCUUUACACGAAUUUUCUCUUCUUUUAUGAUAAUAUAUAAAAUGAAUAAUUGAGUAUACAUAGUUCUCUAGUCUUAUGCCUCCUCUACACUACUCGCGAAGUUGAACGAGGUUAGACGAAUAGAAUAACGUAGAGAGGCUGUUUGGCUUACUUCGUCCAACUUUACCUCGCCUCGGCCGACUUCCUUUUGUUGUCGGUUUUUGCGCCUGAGUCAAAGGGCACGAAGUAACCCGAAGUGCGUUCUGAAUAUGAACGAAUGCGCUCCUUCGCCGAGGGAUUUCGCGUGUAGUGUAGAGGAGGCAUUACGUCAUCAACGUAAAACGAAAUAUUCCUGUAUGUAAUAAACUCUCGUAUACCAAGCACUGGGUGUAAAAUUGUAAAUAAAAUUAAUAUAAUGUUAGCUAGUAGACACCAAAGAGGCAAGAUUAGAUAUUUAUCUGUUAUGUAUUGUGAUGUUUAAUUUAUUUAUCUGGGGCGCUGCCCGAAUGGAUUAUGUCAAUUAUAAUGCCUGUAAUAAAUUAAAUGAUUACGUUUUCUUA